CAGGAUUAUUCGUUGCGAGGCCGGACGAAGCUGCCAGAGAUGGCCAAUCUCGCCGUCUCUCUGUCCUUACUGGUGGGAAUUGUAGUUUUUAGCGAGGUGGCGAGAAGGACAGCUUCAUAUUUAUUCCCAAAUCGUAACUGGAUCACCUAUGUGCUGGAGUUUAUUUCCACUUUUCAGUUGUGCGCGUGCACGCACGAGUUAGUGCUGCUCGCGGAAGUGGGCGGACUGGAGCCGCAGAUCGGACUUACCCUCACGUACCUCAUCUCGGUGAUCCACAUGCUUUCUUUCCACGGUGCGAUCUGUAGCCCCACCGGCUCUCUGGAGCUGCUCUCCCGCGGGACUCUCACGCGCAGACGCGCAUUGGCACAGAUUUCAUGCCAGAUGCUCGCGGCUGUGGUGGCACGGCUAGUGAUGCCUCGCCUGUGGUCACUGGCGCUCUCUGACCUGCAUGAACUGCACACACUGAUGGACUUUAAAUGCACGAACAGCCCCAUUCAUGUCCCUCUGCUGCAGGCCGCCGCGGUGGAGCUGAGCUGCGCGUUUGUAUUCCACUCUGCGCUGUCCAACCAGGACAAAGUGGAGGAGAAAUAUCAGGUUCAUGCAAUAGCCGCUGUCAUCACCAUGUUAGUCUAUGCAGGUGGACAUCUCACCGGAGCUGUGUUCAACCCAGCACUGGCAUUCUCAAUACUGUUCCACUGUCCUGGAAACACUUUCGCAGAGUAUGGUUUUGUGUACUGGAUGGGACCAAUAUUAGGCCUGGAGAGUCGCUGCGCCUGGCUUCAUAAUCUAGGUGCCUCAAGUCCGCAGGAUUGUCAUAGCGAUACACAGCAAGUUGCCAUGGAGACAACCCUGAUCAUGUCCCAGACAGAGUCAACAAUCAGCAGGUGUCUGUGGGGAGUCGGGGAAGGAACGCAAGAGCGUCUCGCUGCAGUGCUCUUCCGGGGGAGUUGUUGUUCCAACAGCAGCCUUGGCCAAGGCCAGUGCUGGAUGAGGGGGGCCGAAAGCAGAUAA